UCUCAGCUGACAAACCAAACGCAAACUCGUGUGACGUUUUGUUUGACAACCGACAGUUUUCAGCCAAAACGGAAGUCAAGGAUCGCUCUUUUUCCGGCAUCUGCCAGUCGAUUACAGUGGACACAUUUUAGCUCUGCUGAAAUAAAACUUGUUAAAAAUGUCGCUCGUGAUCCCAGAGAAGUUCCAGCACAUUCUUCGUGUGCUCAGCACCAACAUCGACGGUAAGCGUACCGUUCCGAUUGCGCUGACUGCCAUCAAGGGUGUCGGACGUCGCUAUGCCCACGUCGUGCUGAAGAAGGCCGAUGUCGAUCCGUUCAAGCGCGCCGGAGAGUGCUCCGAGGAGGAGGUUGAGAAGAUCGUCACCAUCAUCUCGAACCCCCGCCAGUACAAGAUCCCCGAUUGGUUCCUGAACAGACAGAAGGAUAUCAUCGAUGGCAAGUACUCCCAGCUAACCUCCUCCAACGUUGACUCCAAGCUGCGUGAGGAUCUGGAACGACUGAAGAAAAUUCGCGCCCACCGUGGUCUGCGUCACUACUGGGGCCUGCGUGUGCGCGGUCAGCACACCAAGACCACCGGUCGCCGUGGACGUACCGUCGGUGUGUCCAAGAAGAAGUAAGAUCUUUUUGGUGGACGUGUGUUUUUGUAUAGCUUCAUAAUACAAAACAUAGGAUAAAGUGAGUGGGAUCCUUGGAUUCGACGCUAUUGGUUUGUACUGCGAUAUGGUUUGGAUUCUCCAUGGAGACGAAUAAAUGGAUGAUGAAAUGAAGCAAA